CGUAGAAGUUUCUGGUGGAAUCGGAGCCCUUUAUUUCGCGUGUUCAUAGACGAGAGAGGGGGGCGAGAAAACGAAGAGAGGCGACGUUGAAGAGCGCUCUCGAGGGGAGGUGGAUCUAGGUUUACCGAUAAUUGGAUCGUUAAUCACAAGCUUCCCCAAGGAGUUAUAGUAGUUUACAUCUUCCAAGAGGGAUCUUUGUUGCAACUCUUGUUGAAUUUGUCGUGUAAGAGAGAAAAGUUUUACCUGUUUCGGCAAAUGGGGGAUUAUCUAGUGUUGCACGUGGACCACCCGACAACGUCCCCAAGCAUGGAGACAAUAAAUGCUUCAUCAUCGUCAUCAUCAUCUUCCUCUAAGGAAGUUACAUGUGCCCCCUCUCCUGUUUCUCUGUCCCCAUCGAUAGGGCAGGUAGCAGUUGUGACUGCAGAGGAAGAAGAGCCACUUAUUCAGGUGGUUGAGUGUCGUAUUUGCCAGGAGGAGGAUCACAUCAAGAACCUGGAGACUCCUUGUGCUUGCAGUGGUAGUCUCAAGUAUGCUCAUAGGGCAUGCGUGCAACGAUGGUGCAAUGAGAAAGGAGACAUCACCUGUGAAAUCUGUCAUGAGCAAUACAAGCCUGGUUAUACUGCACCUCCCCGACCCCCUCCUGAUGCGAUAGCAAUUGAUAUAAGUGGAGGUUGGACCGUCACUGGCACCCGAUUGGAUAUUAAUGAUCCUAGGAUUCUUGCGGUAACAUCAGCACAGCGCCAUUUUCUUCAAGCCGAGUAUGAUGACUAUGCUGCCACAAACGCUAGUAGUGCUGCUUUUUGCCGCUCUUCUGCUCUAAUUUUAAUGGCUAUUUUGCUGUUGAGGCACGCCGUGUACAUAACUAAUGGCGAUGAAGAAGACGAUGCUGCCACAAUUUUUUCACUCUUCUUGUUGCGUGCUGCUGGUUUUCUGCUACCUUGUUACAUCAUGGCUUGGGCCAUAAGCAUCUUGCAGCGCCGAAGAGAAAGGCAGGAAGCAGAAGACUUAGCCGCAGCUGAAGUAGCAUUCAUUCUUCAAUCAGGGCAACAAAGGGGACUCCAGUUCGCCACCGAACCCGAAUCUCCCACCUCGCCUCGUCAAGAGCCACAUUAAUACAAACUUCAAAUGCCCGUGACCUCCAUCAACACUCGGCUUCAAUGUGUGUAGCUUUCGACUCGCUCUCUCUAGCUUUGCUUUCUUUGUCCAGAUCUUAAGGAUAUGAUGUAUAUAGUCUUCUAAUACCAAAUGGAAUGAGAUGUGUCUACAAUAAUGUAAAUGUCUUAUACUGAAACAUGAAGCAUUUAUCGAAAAAAGAAAAUUACAAUAA